AUGGGCCUGGAGAAUGGUAUUGACAAAGGAGUUGAUGAGGCGGACAUUAUCAAGGCCCUGAAGGGGCAUAUAAAAGAGGGUUACACGGUAAGAACUGAACACAGCAACUUCUCAGUCUGUAAAUAUGUUUGCUGUAUACAGUACCAGUCAAACGUUUGGACACACCUACUCAUUCAAGGGUUUUUCUUUAUUUUUACUAUUUUCUACAUUGUAGAAUAAUAGUGAAGACAUCAAAACUAUGAAAUAACACAUAUGGAAUCAUGUAGUAACCAAAAAAGUGUUAAACAAAUCUAAAUAUAUUUUAUAUUUGAGAUUCUUCAAAUAGCCACUCUUUGCCUUGAUGACAGCUCUGCACACUCUUGGCAUUCUCUCAACCAGCUUCACCUGGAAUGCUUUUCCAACAGUCUUGAAGGAGUUCCCACAUAUGCUUAGCACUUGUUGGCUGCUUUUCCUUCACUCUAACGUCUGACUCAUCCCAAACCAUCUCAAUUGGGUUGAGGUCGGGGGAUUGUGGAGGCCAGGUCACCUGAUGCAGCACUCCAUCACUCUCCUUCUUGGUAAAAUAGCACUUACACACCGUAACACCUCCUCCUUCAUGCUUUACGGUGGGAAAUACACAUGCAGAGAUCAUCCGUUCACCCACACUGCGUCUCACAAAGACACGGCGGUUGGAACCAAAAAUCUCCAAUUUGGACUCAUCAGACCAAAGGACAAAUUUCCACCGGUCUAAUGUCCAUUGCUUGUGUUUCUUGGCCCAAGCAGGUCUCUUCUUCUUAUUGGUGUCCUUUAGUAGUGGUUUCUUUGCAGCAAUUCGACCAUGAAGGCCUGAUUCACACAGUCCCCUCUGAACAGUUGAUGUUGAGAUGUGUCUGUGACUUGAACUCUGUGAAGCAUUUAUUUGGGCUGCAAUUUCUGAGGCUGGUAACUCUAAUGAACUUAUCCUCUGCAGCAGAGGUAACUCUGGGUCUACCAUUCCUGUGGUGGUCCUCAUGAGAGCCAGUUUCAUCAUAGCGCUUGAUGGUUUUUGCGACUGCACUUGAAGAAACUUUAAAAGUUCUUGAAAUAUUCCGUAUUGACUGACCUUCAUAUCUUAAAGUAAUGAUGGACUGUCGUUUCUCUUUGCUUAUUUGAGCUGUUCUUGCCAUAAUAUGGACUUGGUCUUUUACCAAAUAGGGCUAUCUUCUGUAUACCAUGUCACAACACAACUGAUUGGCUCAAACGCAUUAAGAAGGAAAGAAAUGCCACAAAUUAACUUUAAGAAUGCACACCUGUUAGUUGAAAUGCAUUCCAGGUGACUACCUCAUGAAGCUGGUUGAGAGAAUGCCAAGAGUGUGCAAAGCUGUCAUCAAGGCAAAGGGUGGCUAUUUGAAAAAUCUCAAAUAUAUUUUGAUUUGUUAAACACUUCUUAGGUUACUACAUGAUUCCAUAUGUGUUAUUUCAUAGUUUUGAUGUCUUCACUAUUAUUCUACAAUGUAGAAAAUAGUACAAAUAAAGAAAAACCCUUGACUGAGUAGGUGUGUCCAAACUUUUGACUGGUAGUGUAUAAUAAACAUUCUUGUUUUUCACUCUUUUUCACCAGUUUAAUCCCGUAUCACCUUUAACAGAGGGGAAUAAGUACUAUGUGAAGGCCCACACUCUGACACAGUUCACUGCCUAGUUAGUGCAAUACCAGCUGAUAAACUACCUAUGAUCAAUGCCAACAAGAAUGAUGAGAAGAAUGAUGUCUUCAAGAAGAUGAGAGCCAUCAGACUAGCAGCAAGUUACAUAGGUAACACGUGUUUAUGGAACAUUGUUUAUAAUAUAUAAUGUUGGCGGCAGGGUCUCAUCAUACAAUUGACUAGUCGGUGCAUAUCAGCCCAUAUCAGAGCAGAGUUUGAACCCUUGGGCGCGUUCAGCAGGACACAACGUUUUGGAAUGUUCAGAUAGAAAUAUGUUGUGUAGAACAAACAUGCCUCUCCGACAUAUAGACCAUGGAAUCAUGUCCGCUCUAUUCAUGGCAAUUCUAUCUGCAAAAUUCAACAACGUUUGGAAAAUGAAUGUUGCCCUGGUCUUGAACUCAGUUUUAAAUAUGUGUUUUUUCACAAAUAAUACAGUAUAUUUUCAUGUAAAAUAAACAAAUUACUUAAUACAUACACAAACUGACAUGAUACUUUAGACCUUUAGUAGUAAUAAGAUGGAAGAGACACAAGAUUCAAUUGGUUUCCAUGUAUUUGGCAGGGAUUCCCCAAAUGGUUAUUCUCACCAAAGUGGAUGUAGCCUGUCCAUUGGUGAGGAAAGACCUGAGAAAGGUCUAUCUGAGAAAGUAUAUAAAGAUAAAGGUAAGUUAAUUAUAUUUUUUACGUUUUGCUAGAAAUGCAAGUAUUUGCAGAUUUGGCGCUCCAUAGUCUCACUUGAUGAGGAAAACAUUUACAUGUUAUAUCUGUCGGGAGACUGUGUCAUAUGACUAAUAAUGUGGAACAAUUAUUUUGGUGGUUUUGUGUUACUGGCUAUUUGGAUUAAUCAUGUACGAUUUCACAGUUUUCAUUAGUUUCAUAUCCUGGACUGGUUCUGGGUUGCCAAGAUAUGCACUCCUGGACCAUAGGCCCUGGCCUACAGUAUGAAAUAAAUGGUUUGAGGGAGGACUUUAAUUUGUGCUUUCUCGUCUCCCUGGGAGAUACAUGUCCAAAUGUAUUAUUCUACUCAUCUGAUUGAAUUCCAACUAUAUUCUUUAUUGCAGAUGGAGCAGUGUAGUAAUGAACUGGGAGUACCAGUAGGCUGCAUUAUGCCUGUUUAA